CCUCAACAGUUGCGCCCUGCCCCAGCGCCACGCCCACAGCCACGUCCACAACCCCAACCUCAACCACAAUACCUACAAUAUGAAGAGGAACAAGAACAAGAGUCAGAGCCACCGCGUCGCAUACAGUACUCGCCACCACCACAAGCUUCUGCCCCACCAGCGCCAUCAAGAAUACAAGUGCCUGGCGCCCAACGUACUACCGAUGUUUUAUACUCUCCACUGCAACGCCCUGCGCGUCCCGAACCGGACUACUCGCAGUUGCAGAAUUUUCCAUCCAAUGUUCGUGUUUCACGACCAGUCUAUGCGCCCGCUCCAGUUCAACCUGCACCUUCUAGCGCACGCGCUAAUAACUUCCUAGGACCACCAUCUGGUGGUCGCCCUAUUCUGGAACCAUCUCAUUUUGGUCCAACGCCACAAGCUCGGCCAGUACAACAGUCUGCACCAGCGCCUCUACCUAGCUACCCACCACAGAUCAACCAUCAGCCACAGGCGCAAGGACGUACCGGUGGUGGCGGCGGCAGUUUAUUGGAUCAGUUGGCGCGAGACUAUGCUUUACCACAGGGAAAUGCUCAACCUUUGCAUGACAUUUCCUUUGGUUACUACUGAGCGAGUAGUCUCUUUGGGUUCUACUUAGGUGUUUAAUUGUAUGUAUAUCCAUGUAGUAAUUUAAUGAGCCCCAAAAUGAACUACAAUUAAUCAUUGUAAAGCUGCCAAUUUCUUUGAAAAAUUGUAGUUUAUAAAUUACUUAUGUAAGUAUAAUUGACAAAAUAAAAAACAAAACGAAAUACAAAGUACAGUUAAAAGCUAUUAAUAAAAUGUAUGUCAUUUAAAAGAAGUUUUAUUGAAAGAAGAUAAAUAGUGCCUCCAUUCUAAAACUUGAAGUUUCACAAAAAAUAACGGUUUUUGAUUUGUUUUUAUUCUUUUAAGAUCACUUUUAAGUGAUCUUGUUGACUUCCCACGCAAAAAUGUUUGUGCUACUCAAUAUUGAAUAUACAAGUAUGUAACAUGUUUCGUUAGUUAUAUGAUCUUGGUUACUUUUUAUGUAAGAUUAAGAUUUUAUUCAAAUAAAAUCUCAAAAGUUUUCAAUGAAAAAAAAUAUACGUCAUGAAACAUGC